AAAUACUUAUGGAGGUCAAUAUUGAUGAGCAAAGUCAGUUUCAAUUCGUCCACGCUCGUGCGAAGAACCGUUUGCCAUGAAGUUCAUUCUGAUCGUGACUCUGCUUUUCGGAGUCAGCGCUGCCAUCAGGGUAGACCCGAAAGACAAAAAUGAUUCUGAAGCUUUGAAGAAGCACGGCAAGCGUGGUCUCGUUAACCUUGCAUACGGACAUCACCAUCAUGCCCAUCAGGAGAUUCAACCGUCCGCUGUUUAUGGUCCACCCGCUCAUGACGCAGCCCCGAUUCACGAAGUACCUGCCCCACUGGCGCAUGGACAUCCGGAACACGUGCUCGGCCGGGAUUUCCAUCACCACCAUCAUCACCCGGAACCCUUUGUUGCCCAUCCAGUCGCCGCAGUGCCAGUUCCCCAGCCAGUUGGGGUGCCAGUUCCAGUUCCCCAGGCAGUUCCAGUGCCGCAGCCGGUGCCCCAUCCAGUCCCAGUGGCCGUGCCGGUCUACCAAACCGUCACGAAGCACGUGCCGGUGCCGGUUCACGUCGAUCGACCUUAUCCAGUUCCAGUCGCUGUUCCGGUUCCAAAGCCUUAUCCAGUCCACGUUGAUCGACCGGUUCCUGUUCCAGUUGACAGACACAUUCCCGUACCCGUCGAUCGACCGGUCGCAGUACCGGUGGAAAAACACGUCGCCGUACCUGUCGAUCGGCCUUAUGCGGUCCCGGUUCCUGUGCCGCGGCCAUACCCGGUCCCCGUUGAGAAGAUCGUCCACGUGGAUCGACCUUACCCAGUCCAUGUUGCCGUUCCGUAUCAUGUGCCCAAACCAUACCCAGUCCCGGUUGCUGUCCACGGAGGUCAUCCGAUCAAGAGUCACUACCACCAGGUCUGGUAAAGUAGUUUUGGGACUGUGAACGUGGCACUCUGUAUUGGUAAUCAUGGAAGUUCAGCUCCGGUGAAGCUGGAUUUGAGCUGAGUAAUUAUGAGCAUAAACUAGGAUAAAUAGAUACCGGCUGGUGCUGAUGACAGUUCUCCAAAGUGGCCAUCAGAGUUAGACGAAGCUAUGGCCACUUGGCAGACGUCUGAGCCAACGGUUGCUUCCGUUCUAAGUCUGAGCCACGUACUUGUAUAUAAUGUGUGUAUAUUUUUAUAGUGAAUAAA